UGUUAGGUCUCAGACCAGAGGCAGUGCCUGCUCCUCCUCUGUGCCUUGGCCUUCCGCUGCCUGCAUCAGGGGAACAUCAUGGACCGCUCAGCGCAGGAGCUCUUCCUCAAUUUCAUGAUCGUCUUAAUCACUGUGCUGCUGAUGUGGCUGCUUGUCAAGACUUACCAGAUCGAAGCAUGACAGAAGACAAACCAGAAGAAGAGGGAGGAGGCAUGCAAGCACCAGUACUGUAGAACUAUGCUGCCCAAUGCUUUGAUAAAAUUGUCUUUCUGUCAAUGUCUGGUCCAAAGUAGUUUUAAGUUGGAACAGUGAUGUCUGAAACUGACAUUGCAGGGCAUGUAUUUUAUUGUGGCUUUGCGGUUCUUUACAUGUUUAAAACAAAAGCAAAAGAGAAUGGAAUGUCUUUUAAAAUGUUUUAAUUUCUGUGUAAAAUAAACAUUUCAUG